AUGGACGGGAAGAUGAAUCUCAUGCUAGCUUCUUUGUGGCCUGGUUUCAGUUUUUGUCCGACUGCGGAAGAGCUGCUCUUGGAAUAUCUUCUACCUCGCAAGAAACAUGGUCUUGAAGCAGUCCCCGGAGGUGGUUUCAUUAGCGACGUCGAUGUCUACUCCAAAGAACCUUGGUCUUUGUUCAAAAGCAUUGCUGAUGAUGGUGGUGGUUUGGUUUAUGUCUUCACGGACCUCAAGAAGGUUGCAACCAAAGAAGGAAAAUCAAAGAAGAACAACCAAAGAGGUGCUGGUUCUGGAUUCUGGUGGGGUCGUAAUGGAAGGCCUGUUCAAGACGGUGAUGGGAAUAUCAUUGGGAUGGAUCACUACUACACAUUUGAAACGAAGAAGAGCAAGAAGGAGAAAAAGAACGAUGAUGAUGCAGAUUCAAGCAAGAAGGAGCAUGGUCACUGGACCAUGCAUGAGUAUUCCCUGGGUGAUGAGUUCGGAGAUUUUCUUGAGAAUACCGUGAUUUGUGCUGUAGCCUGCAACACCCAAAUCAACAUCAAGCACUCUGAAUCUAGAAGUCCUUCAAAAAAGAGAAGAUUCCCAGCAUCCGGCUGUGAUCUUGGAGAUAUUUCUUCGAAGCGAAUGUGCACCGACUCUCCUUGCUCAGUCAUGAUGUUCCCUGAGCCGCAAGAACCAAGUUUGGGAGCGGAGAAGGAAGAUUUGACAGCGGAGGAGAUUGAGGAGUGGCUACAAGAAGAUCAACAUACUACGCCAACAAAAUCAGCUCUUGUACUGCCAGAGUGCAAGGAGGCUGUGACAACACAGGAGAAAGUUUGGACAAUAGAGGCGAUGGAGAAGUGGCUUCUUGAAGAUGAAGAAACUUCAACAGACCCAACAAUCUUCUCCGACUCUCCUUCCUUAGUCUUGAUGUUCUCUGAGCCGCAAGAACCAAGUUUGGGAGCGGAGAAGGAAGAUUUGACAGCGGAGGAGAUUGAGGAGUGGCUACAAGAAGAUCAACAUAUGCCAACAAAAUCAGCUCUUGUACAGCCAGAGUGCAAGGAGGCUGUGACAACACAGGAGAAAGUUUGGACAAUAGCGGAGAUGGAGAAGUGGCUUCUUGAAGAUUAA